CAUUUACAGCUUCAUUAACAGUUACACAUCCAAAAUCUUUGACAAGAAUGUCUAGAUAUAGUCACCUAAAAACCGGAACAAUACUUGUCAUUCUAUCUUCUAUUCUUGCACUGACUUCAUCUCAACCAUCAAACGGAAGCUUCCACUUAAGCCUCAUCCACCGCGACUCUUCCUUCUCGCCUCUAUAUAACCCCCGAGAGACUCUUUAUGACCGUGUUAGAUAUUCCUUUAUUAGAUCCAAAGCCCGUCUUUCUUAUUUGAUUAGCAGAGUUGAUGGAGAUGGAGGUGAUUUCCAAGGUAGUAUUGAAGCUGAUGAUGGUGAAUACUUUGUUAGAUUCUCCAUUGGAACCCCUCCAGUACAAAUGCUAGCUUCUAUAGACACCGCUAGCCCAAUGGUUUUGACUCGGUGUUUACGAUCCUUAACUUACAAUAACAUUACUUGUAAUUCUUCAAACUGUGCUCUUCUACCUGACAAUGCCUGUGAUUCUUCCAACAUGUGUAGUUUCAGUUAUCGCUCUAAUAGUCUUAUUGGAAGCGAUGUCUUCACAUUCGAACCUUCAAAUGGAGGAGUCAUUCCCCUUGAAAACAUCAUCUUUGGUUGUGAGUAUGGCUCUGAUACCACUUUCACUCGAUCAAAUGGAAUUCUUGGUCUUGGUUAUCAUAACUUAUCGUUAAUAAUGCAAACGAGUUCAAUAACCGAACCCAAAUUCACCUAUUGCUUGGGGAAAAUCAGUGAUCCUGAAGCAAAGCGGUUUUUGGUAUUAGGAAGUGGUUUCUUCCUAGAAGGACAAACUACUUCCUUGAAGGUGAUUGAAGGGAAGUACAAUUUAGUUCUUGAGGGUAUAAGUAUUGGUAGAAAGAAGCUAAUGAUACCACCGGAGAUAUUCCAACAACGAACACCGUUAGGUGGUGGAGUGAUAAUCGAUGCUGAGACUACAUUGACAUUCUUAGCACCAUUAGCAUACAACCAAUUAGUUGGGGAUUUGGAGAAAGAACUUGGAUUAGCCAUGGUUAUAUGGCCUGAUCCUCCAUAUGAUCGAUGUUAUAAUGGAAAAUUAAGUGAUAUACAAAAGUUUCGAGGGUUGAUUUUUCAUUUUGAAAGAGAGGUUAAUGUGCUAUUGGGUAUUGAUAACUUGUUCUUGCAGGUGGAUGAUGGUAUGUUUUGCUUGGCAGUGUUGCCGAGUCCUGUAGGAGGAACUUCAGUUUUAGGGAGCUUAUUUCAACAAUCUUAUAGUGUUGGGUAUCAUCUAGGUCAAAUGUUAGUUUCAUUUCAACCAAUGCAAUGUGAGCUUAUUGAACAACAUUUAUCUUAAUUUCGAAUCACUUUUUUUCACCUGUAUGUCCUCCAAGUAUUUUGUUUCUUGAUGAAUAGUACAAAUCACAUGGCGAAAUUGUAAAUAAAUAGACUUUCAAGAUAUACAUUUAGCUUCAAUCUUUA